AUGGACACUCGAGGUCUAAUCUUUGAGAUGAAUGCUAAGGUGUUGCUGGUCCUGGGCGUGGUGGGCUGUGCUGCUGCAGACAGACGACCGACGUAUUCGUACAAUGAACCCGACUCGUUCGAAUAUUCAGCCGAAUCGAGCGAAGCCAAGUACGACUUCAGAUAUGCCGUGAAGGACGACUACUCAGGCAACGACUUCGGACACCAGGAGUCCCGCGACGGCGACCGCACUCAGGGGUCCUACUACGUGCAGCUCCCCGACGGCCGCCUGCAGAAGGUCACCUACUACGUGGACGGCGACUCCGGCUACGUGGCCGAGGUCAGCUACGAGGGCGAGGCUCGCUACGACUCAGCUGAGUCUCGAGAGUACGGCCGGCCCGUGUACUCUCCGCCGAGACCCGUGUACUCCCAGCCAAGGCGUGUGUACUCUUCUCCUGAGUCGGAGGAAUCCUUGGAGAUUCCUGUGUACUCUUCGGCCAGACCUAUUUACGGGCCUCCAAGACCGACUUACGGCUGAAAGUACUUCUUUCUUCCAGCUGGUCUUGUCACAUGACAAGUACUUAAUGUUAACACGCUGAUGCAAUAGUCAGUCAAUCACAACAUUGAAUUUUUUAAUUAUUAUUGUUUUUCUAAUUAUACUACAAUUGUAUUA